CGGUGUUUUUAUGUUUACAGUGAUCUGAGCCAUAAUCGGUUGCUGUUCGUCGGGAAGAGCAUGUUGAAGGGUGCUCAAGCCUUAAGAACUUUGCUAAUGGACAACAACCGUCUCCUGUGCAUUGACGAACACGCCAUCAAAGGACUCAAAGACCUGGAAAUACUAACUCUCAACAACAACAACCUGACCACGCUGCCGUCGGGGCUGUUUUCCGACCUUUACCGCCUGCGAAACAUCCGGCUGUCCGACAACAAGUUCCAGUGCGACUGAAAGCUCGAAUGGUUGUACCAACAAUGGUUACCUAGGAUUCCUAGACUCGGAUCGUCGACCCACUGCCACGGGCCGUCGAACAUGGCUGGUCUGCCACUGGCCGAUAUGCACAAACACCACAUGCAGUGCGACGGCGAUUUCGACGGGGAAACGGUGGAAUGUGGUCCUGGCAUCGAAGACCAAAAGUCCUCGUGCCCGCAUCCGUGUUCGUGUGAAGAGGGGGGCAUCGUGAAUUGCAGGGAGAAGUCGUUGACCAAGGUGCCAACCAAAUUGCCGGAGGACAUCGUAGAACUGAGACUGGAACAAAAUCAAAUCACCGAAAUCCUCCCCAAAGCGUUCGUUAAAUACAAACGUCUGCGAAGAAUUGACCUCAGCAAAAACCAGAUAACAAAAAUAUCGGUGGACGCCUUCCAGGGUCUGAAGUCGUUAACAUCUCUGUAAGUAUACACACUGUUAU